CUUCCUUCUGGAACGACUCCAGGCCCACCAAGCCCGCCAUCCCACCAACACCCCGCCUUUCUUCCUCGGUCUAAAUGGCGUGCAAGGGGCCGGUAAAACAGUCCUGGUAUGACCCCUUCCUCUUAAUAAUAAUUACGCUCAAAUGCCUUUCAAGGAGGUGAAGAAACAAUUCAGUUUACUAACAAUCAGAUCAAAUGGGGACAAAAAGGUCUCAACCCUCCAAUCCACCCUCCGCUCCCCACCCUACUCCCUCAACGUGGUAACCCUCUCCCUCGACGACCUAUACCUCACGCACUCGCAACAAGAACACCUCGCCGCCUCGCACCCCUCUAAUCCGCUCCUUCAGCAUCGCGGACAACCCGGCACCCAUGACCUGACACUAGCGAAGGAAGUGUUCUCGGCGUUGCGCGCGGGCCAGCGUACCGCGGUCCCGGCGUACGAUAAGUCAGCGUUUUCGGGACAGGGCGACCGCGUGCCUGCGUCUCAGUGGGAGGUAGUGAAUAAGGAGGGUGAGGAGAAGGUGAAAGUGGUGAUUUUUGAGGGGUGGUGUGUUGGGUUUCGCGCGUGGGAUGAGGAGGUGCUGAAGAGGAAGUGGGAGGAUGCGGUUAGAUUGAAGGAAGCCGCUGCUGCUGGCCAGGGUGAGUAUAAGGGGAGAUUGGGACACGUGGAGUUUGAGGAUGUCAAGACGGUUAAUGAGGCGUUGAGGGGGUAUGAUGUGAUUACUGAUCAGUUGGAUGCGUUGAUUCAUAUCGAUGCGCAAGACCUCCAUUUCGUCUAUGACUGGCGACAGGAGCAAGAGAGGACCCUUCGCGCUGCAAAGGGGACUGGUAUGACGGAGGAACAGGUUAAUAAGUUUGUUGAUGGCUACUAUCCCUCCUAUGAACUCUUCACUGAAACUCUCCGGGAGGGUACGUUCAAGCCUGUCCCUCAUGCUACUACAGCAUCUGCUCCACCGACAGGCUGGGAGGGGAGACAGCUUCGAUUAGUUGUGGAUAAGAAUAGAAGAGUGCAGGAGGUUAUCAACAUAUGAGUGCUGGAUAUCUAUUUCUGCGUUCUUGAAGUCCGAAUGGUAGAGGUUUAGAUGUAUAUAUAUUGACACAGAUAGAUCAUCUACUACUAUACACUCUGG